AUUUUGUUAUAACUUGUAUAAGAAAUAUCCUCGAAGGAAGCUGGUGUUCUUUCGCAAAUAUAAAUACACGGUUACAUAGCUCAUGUUUGCACUCUAAAGAUCUAUUAUUUUCCUCUGUUUCCCAACGCAAAAAUCUACAGUUUAUUAGUCUUUUGAGCGAUCUGAUCGUUUCUCUAGCAAACAAUAUGAGCGAUCCAAAGUAUGCAUAUCCUUACCCUGCACCAGGAAACUACCCUCAUGGCCCACCGCCUCCAGUUGGAGUACCACCGCAGUAUUACGCUCCACCACCGCCACCGCCUCCGAAAAGGAAACCUGGUUUCCUUGAAGGACUACUUGCGGCUAUGUGCUGUUGCUGCCUUGUGGAUGAAUGUUGCUGCGACCCGACCAUUAUAUGCAUUGAUUAAACAUUUUUAAAAGAAGAAUAUUGCUCUCUCUUUGUAUGCUUUUUGUUUAUGAUGAGAUUUAUGUAAUAAAAUGUUGUAUGUGUAUAGUAUAUAUAUACGCUGACAAUACUGAUUUAUGUUCCAAUUCCUCUUCUUCUAAACUUAUCAGAGUUGCUAAUUUUCUCG